AUGAGUGGCGAUGCACGGGAUGCUCCAGUGGCGGCUCUGGCUGCAGAUGCCUCGGCCAAAGACCAGCAGCAGGAGCAGCUUCCGCUGACCGCCCUCCUUGCUUCACCCACGGCGUCGCGCCCGUUUUCACAGCACCGCCAGUCGACAGCGGCGUCGUCGCGGAUGCAGUACCGCAGCCACCCCGUGUCGGUGGCCGUGGACCCUGUCUCGCUCGUGAUAUCCGAGUGCAUCAACAUCACGUCGGCGAUCCAGAAGCAGGCGCACUUCCAGCAUCUAUCGGUGUCGGCCAUCCUCGGUGGUGGCUCGCCGAAUGUGGGCACGAGCUCGUUCAAGCUCGGGGCUUCGGCCGAGACGUCAGUCCGGCGCAAUGGCCAUCGCACAGCGCCAUCUCCGGGAGCCAAGCGGGGGGCAGCCGGAAGUGGUCCGGACGUUGAUUUCGGCCCGGCCAACCGUUGGGGCCUGCGUGGGAAGAAGGGGAAGAGCAUGGCGGACAACCCGCUGAUCUCUGGCUUCGGUCGGCUACGACAGGAGCUGGCAGGCGUCAAAGAUAUACACAGCUUCGAUUCGCUCAUGCUCCUGUACCCAUUCCUGCAAAUCAUCCAGGCAAAGGGUACCGCGGCACCCAUCACGAUCCUCUCGCUGCGGGCGGUCCGGAAGUUCCUCUCGUACGGAUUCAUAUGUCAAGAGUCGCCUCGGUUUGCCUUGGCCAUGCAAGCACUGUCACAGGCCAUCACGCACUGCCAGUUCGACAUUAGUGACAGCGCGCAGGAAGAGGUGGUGCUGUUGAUGAUACUCAACCUGAUGGAGGACAUGCUGUCAGGGCCAGGUGGCGAUAUUCUGAGCGACGAGAGCGUCUGCGACAUGAUGGGCCGUGGCCUGACGAUCUGCUCGCGACCGCGCUUUUCUGAGGUGCUCCGGCAGACGGCCGAGGCGACGAUGGUGCGGAUGUGCCAGAUCAUCUUUGAGGACCUGAAGCACCUGGAAGAAGAGGCUGGCGAGGAGGAUGACGCGCUGGACAAGCAGACCGACGCGGACAUGGACACGGUCAAGAUGGAUCCGGCUGCCGAUGCGAGCGCGUCUUCGCUGUCGUUGCGGCCUGCUGUUGCAGCUGCUCUCCCGACAGCACAUGGCGGCAACGACAGCAGAAGCAGCAACGAUGUCGGCUCGUCAGCUUCGUCUGGAGACAGCAAGGACAAGCUGCUCGUGGCCAAUGCACCCAGUGGAGACAUUGGACAGGGGCGGCUGUCCAGCGAGACACAGAGCGACGACGCGGACGAGAAGAGCACAGCGUCGGGUUCGUCUGAGAGCUCCGAGUCGAUAGACCUGCGGCCAUAUUCGCUGCCGUCGGUGCGGGAGCUGUUCCGCGUGCUUGUGGACUUUCUGGACCCGAACCAACGCACGCAGCAGCCGGACACGAUGCGGGUGAUGGCUUUGCGGAUCAUCCACGUGGCGCUGGAGGUUGCAGGGCCGUCGAUCGCGCGGCAUCCGGCGCUAGCAGCAGUGGCACAGGACCGGCUCUGCUGCUACCUCUUCCAGCUGGUGCGGUCGGACAACAUGGCGAUCCUGCAGGAGUCGCUGAUCGUGGCAUCGACGCUGCUAUCGACGUGCCGCGGGGUGUUGAAGCUGCAGCAGGAGCUGUACCUGGCCUACGUGAUCGGCUGCCUGCAUCCGGCAGUGGAAAUUCCGCGGGAAGCCAACAUCGACCCGUCGUUGUACGAGGGCAUUCCACAGGCACCAAAGCUGGUCAAGGCACCACCACCGUCGCAGCCGGGCAGCAGACAGCCAACACCAGUGCCGAUCAAGGACCGGCAGAAGCUGGGAAUGGAGGGCGGGACGCGCAAGCCGGAGGCACGACAGGCGAUGGUGGAGAACAUCGGCGUGCUGGCGCGGAUGCCGACGUUCAUGGUGGAGCUGUUUGUCAACUACGACUGUGACACGGAUCGGGUGGACCUGUGCGAGGACCUGAUCGGGCUGCUGUCGCGAAACGCGCUGCCAGACUCGGCGACAUGGAGCACGACGAGCGUGCCACCACUCUGCCUGGACGCGCUGCUACGCUACAUCCAGUUCAUGGCACAGCGGCUGGACGAGCCGGCCGUCACGGACGGCUACCCAGACGCAGGUGAGCUGCGGGAGGCACGGGCGCGCAAGAAGGUGAUCGUGCGGGGCGCCAACAAGUUCAACGAGAGUCCCAAGGGCGGGCUGGCGUAUCUGCACGACAAGGGCAUCAUCGCAGACCUGGGCGACCCGGUGCUGGUGGCACGGUUCCUCAAGGGCACGUCGCGGGUGUCGAAGAAGGUGCUGGGUGACUACCUGUCGAAGCGCGGCAACGAGCCGGUGCUGGAGGCGUUUAUGGCGCUGUUCGACUUUGAGGGCAAGCGGGUGGACGAGUCGCUGCGGAUGAUGCUUGAGACGUUCCGGCUGCCGGGCGAGGCGGCGCUUAUCGAGAGGAUCGUCAGCUCAUUUGCGGAGCGGUACUGCUCGGGGACGAUUCCGGCCGAUGUGGCCGACAAGGACGCAGUCUUCAUCCUGACGUAUGCCAUCAUUCUGCUGAACACGGACCAGCACAACCCGAACGUGCGGACGCAGAAACGGAUGACGGUGACGGACUUCUCGCGCAACCUGCGGGGACAGAAUGGGCGGCAGGACUUUGCGGCCGAGUAUCUGCAGGACAUCUACGACUCGAUCAAGUCGAACGAGAUCAUCCUUCCGGAGGAGCACGAGAACAAGCACGCGUUCGACUAUGCGUGGCGCGAGGUGCUGCUCAAGGCCGGCUCAGCCGGGCCGCUGAUUGUGUGUGACACCAACAUCUACGACGCUGACAUGUUUGCGACGACGUGGCGGCCGAUUGUGGCGACGCUGUCGUACGUCUUCAUGUCGGCCACAGAUGACACCGUCUUCAGCCGAGUCAUCCAGGGCUUCGACGAGUGCUCGCGCAUUGCGUCGCGCCACGGCAACACGGCCGCGCUGGACCAGAUUGUCUACUGCCUCAGCCUGAUGAGCACGCUCGCCCAGGAGGUGCAGCUUAACACGAGCCUCAACACAGAGGUGCAGGUUGAUGAUGCGAGCGUCAUGGUCAGCGAGCUGGCCGUCAAGUUGGGCCGCAACUUCCGCGCCCAGCUAUCGACACUGGUGCUCUUCCGCGUCGUGCGUGACAACGAGCCGGUGUUGCGGAUGAGCUGGAAGCACGUCGUGCGCAUCUGGCUCAACCUGUUCCAGAAUUCGCUCAUUCCCGCCUUCUUUUCGAGCGAGCAGCCCGGCCGGCUCGACCUGCCGUCCAUUCCGCUGCAGAGCCCCGGCCAGGUGAUCGACCGCGGCAACAAGCAGGUCGACAACGGCUUCUUCUCGGCCUUUACGUCGUACAUUUCCAGCUACGCGGCCGACGACCCGCCCGAGCCGUCGGACGAGGAGCUCGAGAGCACGCUGUGCGCCAUUGACUGCGUGAAUGCGUGUCACGUGGGCGACAUUUUCGCCAACAUAGCCAACCUCUCGGGCGACAGCCUCGAGGCCCUGGUGGACGCGCUGCUGGAUCAGAUUCCGGAAGAUAACGGCUCGGAGGUGGUGAUCAAGGUCAAGGCCGAGAACGUGCCGCCGACAUCGCCGGCGAACAACAUCAAGACAGGCAGCACGCCGGCCUACGAUCCGGCACCGGUCUACCUGCUGGAGCUUUGCACUGUACUGGCGCUUCGGGACGCAGACUCAGUCCAGCUGGUGGGCAAGCGCGUCGUGGAUGCGCUUCAGGAGAUGCUCCGCGAUGUCGCCCGCUUUCAUCCCAUCCUGAUCGGCCGGGCCACCUACUAUCUCUUCACCCUACUACGGGCAAGCUAUGACUAUGACUUUGUGCGCGUGCCGGUGCUUCUGCACGCCGUGUCGAGCUUCUCCGAGGAGAACCUCAAGGCCACGUCGGCGGUCGUGCUCAAGGGCCUGAAGCUCAACAUCUCCGAGCCCGGGCCAUUGCGCAGCGAGAUCAUGACGUCGCCCGACUUUUGGGCCAUUCUCGGGACGCUCGUCGGCUACGAGGAUUCCGCGCCUACCGUGUUUGAGAUUCUCGAGAGCGGCGUCAGCGGCUCGCCGCCGGCCAUCCUGGCCGACAACUACGAGGCAGCUAUCAUCCUGUGCAACAAGUUUGCCACGGCAGCCAGCGUGGGGGCUGCGGCUGAACAGGAGCUGGACCGGAAGCUGCGGCGGAACAACCGGGCACCCAAGCCGGAGAAGGCCAGCGAGAACGCGACGGUGCAACGAGGCAUCAAGACCAUCAACAUCAUCUACAACAUCACGUCACGCAUUCCCCAUCUGAUGAAGCAGUCGCAUCUAGAGAGCAAUGAGGCCUGGUCGGCCUACUGGCUUCCCAUCUUCCAGGCCCUCACUACGCAAUGCACAAACCCGUGCCGCGAGGUGCGCCACCUGGCCUUCUCGUCGCUGCAGCGCUCGCUGCUCUCGCCAGAGCUGACGUCGAGCGACCACCGCGAGUGGACGGCCAUCUUUAGCGAGGUGCUGUUCCCGUUAAUCCUCAAGCUGCUGCGGCCCGAGGUGUACACGUCUGACCGUGACGGCAUGAGCGAGACGCGCGUACAGGCAGCGUCGCUGCUGUGCAAAGUCUUCCUGCAGUAUCUCGUGCUGCUGUCGGAUUGGGAUGGCAUGCUGGACCUGUGGCUCAAGAUUAUCGAUAUCAUGGACCGGCUGAUGAACAGCGGCCAGGGCGACAGCCUGGAAGAGGCUGUACCUGAGAACCUCAAGAACGUGCUGCUGUUCAUGGCCAGCAGCGGCUAUCUGGUUCCUCCGAGCAAGGACGCAUCCAAAGAGGAGCUCUGGGUGGAGACGUGGAAGCGCAUCGACCGCUUCCUGCCCGACCUGAAGAGCGAAAUUGCGCUGGACGAGCCGGAACAAACAACGCCUGCGGUAAAGCCGAGCGAUGUGGCCGAGGCGCCGACAGACGAAGAGCCUGUAGUAGAGGCAGAGGCAGAGCCUGCAGUAGAAGGAACGGAAGUAUUAUCAUAG